CGUGCAUCUGUUUACCCACUCCCGCACGGGGAUUGAUGCCCAAUCUGAUCUUUGGCUUCUCCUCACGCGGCACUGGUCGCUCCAUCCAGACAUCGCUGGCGUCAUUCCUCUCACCCAGACGCCUUGAGGCGAACGCGACGGCCGUCAUCCUGCGACAGAGGAUCCGUGCGAACCAUCUAGAUUGAGAGUGUCAAAUCAAGCAAGCGUGCAAGCACGAUAGCAAGCCGGGACCUACUUACGUGGGGCAUCCCUGUCCCCGACGUCUUCACUAAAAGCGGGAGGCCCCGUCCAAGGGCGAAAAAAAAGCUCCCUGGGCCAGACUUUGAUGCCAGAACAACUCGCAACAACCCACGACUUCAAUCGCUGCACGACGAGAGAAGUGAGGCGCCCCCGACUGGACAGUGCAUCUCGACCAGAGCAGGGCUUCGCUGCAGCACACGGAGCAGACACUGCAGAUCUUGACCUGCUUGCGACGUGAUCUGAGGACGACUCAGCCAACGGCCAGGGCGGCGCACAGCGUCCAUUCCUCACCCUCGCCUCAACUGCCACAGGAAAUUUUCGACUAGAAGACUGCCCGAUCGAGCCCAACAUGAUGUCGUCCACCGAGGCCACGGCGUCACAGCGCGUGCCAGCUUGGAAACGAUUGGGCCUAAAGCUCAAGGGGCCUACUGCUGCACCCGAGCCCGCUCCGGGCGGCACCCCGGCAGUUGGGCACCCAAGCAUAACCCAGCACAAGAGUCACUCAAACAAACGAAAACUCGACGCCCCGCCGGGCUUCGAGCCCUCUCUGGAUGUUAAAAAGCCUCGCACGGAGUCCAACGAUGGAAACGCCGAGCCCAACAGGAAGAAGACCAAGUCUGUUUCGUUUGGAGACACUCCGACAAAGAACGGAAACCCUCCAACCACCACCGGCGACACCACAUCCAAACAGAAACAGCCUCAUCAGCCUAAGAAGAGCAAGGGCCCCGCAAAGAAGCAGAAGCCUGCUCCCGCCGUGGACCUCGCACCCGCCCUCCAGUACCUGCAGCAGUGGAAGACGUCACGCGAUAGCUGGAAGUUCAACAAGAAUCACCAAAGUGCUCUCAUUAAGCACGCAUUCGACUCCGACGGCAUUCCCCCCGCUGAUAUUGGCGCGUUUUAUGAGUACAUUAGGGACUUGAAGGGAUUCGUCAGAACGAGACUGCGCGAGACUGCCAUGGAAAUAAGGACAAAGGACGCUGCGGAACGUGCGUCUGCGUUCCCAGCGGGAACUUCGGACGUUGAGGCCAAGCAAAUCAGCUACGAGAAGCUGCUCAACGAUCUUUUGCAGACUUCACUAGGUGGUCAGAAGCGGAAGGUGUUCAACGAAACGGACUACGUUGCUUCGGCCGACGAUCCAGACGUGGUAAUCCGCCGUGUGGUGAAGCGCAUGCGCGCCGAAAUGAUCAUCGAUGAGCUGUCGGACGGCGAGCAGACGGAUGACAGCCGUACGACCCAGUCCUCGGAGACGAUAGCCACCAGCGACACCAACACAGCCAGGGGCUCCGGGACUGACAAGAGGCUGAGGCUCAACGACGGCACCGGCAAGCGCCGGCGGAAACUGCGUGUCAACGUGGACGACAGCAGCAGUUCUGACUCGGACUCGGACGCGGACUCGGACACAAGCAGCGACAGCUCCUCGGAUGAGUCUGACGAGGAGGAGGAGGAGUCGGCGGAUGCUAAGUCUGUUGAUGGAUAUGACUCGUCGAGCAGCUCCUCCUCUUCGUCUUCUGAGGACGAGUCUGAGUCGGAUUCGGAUUCCAAUGACGAGGAGAGUGAUGACGACGAGUAAGACCUGGACGGCAGCGCUGUGUACACGAUGUGGACGUUUGUGAGGCACAAUAGCUGGAUGGCAUAGACUGUACCAUUUCGCGGCUUGUCAAGAGUCGGAUCUAGAUACCCCGGUUUCAUGUAGGCCAAAGCACCCCGGCGGGGCUGGCCAAAGUCAACUUUGUAUAGACACUAGCUUAGAUAUAGACACGCGUCGCUUGAAGAACGCCC